ACAACAAAGAUCAACAAGUCUUCUAUGCAAUCACUUCGCUCAACUAUCCGACGAGCUCCUCAACAACUCAACCGCAUCACCAAGCCUACGAUUACAACUACUCGACACUUUACCACUACACCAGCGACGAUGUCUCUCUUCCCACGAUUCACUCAGGAAUUCGCUCCUAUCUUCCGUCUCUUCGACGAGUAUGAUAGGCAAGCCUUCCGCAAUAUCGACCGGGAAUUCAACAACAUCAGAUCCUUCACUCCCAAAUUCGAUGUGAAAGAAACGAAAGAGGGUUACGAGCUUCACGGCGAACUUCCCGGUGUCGAGCAAAAGGACAUCAACAUCGAAUGGACCGACAACAACACGCUGACCAUCUCUGGUCGCCACGAGCACGUCCGCGAGGAAGGCCAACGUCCUCAGGGUUUCAUCGAAAACGGCGAAUCCUCUCAGCAGAAGAAGCUCGGCCACCAGCCCACCGUUGAAGACGACCCCAGCGAAACCAACAACAAGGUCGCCAAGCAGUCCGAGCACAAGGACGUCUCCAAGCAUGAUGAGAACAAGGCAAAGUACUGGGUCAGCGAGCGUUCAGUCGGAGAGUUCCACCGAUCCUUUGCCUUCCCUGCUCGUGUCGAUCAAGACAGCGUCAAGGCUAGCCUCAAGAACGGUAUCUUGAGCAUCCUCGUUCCCAAAGCCCAGGCUCCUCAGCCUCGAAAGAUCAGCAUCGAGUAGAUUGACCUGGCAUAACCGAACGACGACGAAUUACGACUUCCCUCUUUUCGAUCAGCGAGCGUGGCAUAGCAAUGGAGUUUAUGACGGGUUAUUGUAGGAUUGUUUGCUCUGUUUUGUACCUGUGGUGAUUGCAGUAUUCGCUCUCUACGUGGGUCAGUAAUAUCGAGAUUGUAAUUAGUUUGU